AUGAGUUGGUCCCCUCUCGGUCGCCCGAUUCGUGUCGGACUGUUUGAGCACGAUCCCGACGCUUUCAAUUGUUUUCGGCGGAUGCCGAGGAAGCCAUGUGCCAAACCGGGCGCCGAAAUGGAAAUCAUCGACAUGGUCAUGAAGAUUCUCGAUUGGCAAUGGGAAGUGAUUGAUACUGAAAAAGAGUUCAAUGUUGUCAACGAUUUCGGCGACUUGCAACCCGAUGGAAAUAUUAGCGGAAUUCUUGGCCUUCUGGCAAAAGACAAGAUUGACAUGAGCGGAUUGUCGAUGAGAAUCACACCAUCUCGAAUGAAGUUCGCCCAUUUCACAUUUCCAAUUCGAUAUUUUCAACAAGUUUAUAUCGUCCGAAGGCCGCCGGAAAACGAUUUUCGAAACAUCAUAUUUGCUCCGUUUACGACUCAGAUGUGGUUUCUUCUACUCGCCACAAUUCUAGCCGUCUCGUCAAUGCGAUUUGCUUGCGCUCUCUAUUGGGACAGUCGCGUUGGCUCGAAAUUCAACAUCUAUUUCAGCAGUGUUCUCGAAACCUUUGGAUUAAUGCUCAAACAACGAGUCCAAAGUCCGACAGUGGUGUCGACUAUGUUCCUUGAAGGAUGUCUGAUACUGGCGAUGAUGAUAACCGCCAACUACUAUCAGACAACGAUGAACUCGUUGCUAACGGCGCCGCCGUCGUCAAGAAUCCCAUUUUUGCAUCAGGCCCAACUCAUCGAUCAAUUGGAGCACAAGAAGACCUAUUUGACAUACUAUUUCAAUUUGACGCUGGAAGGAUCGAAUACGAAGAAUGAGAAAGCUAUCAAACGAGCGUUGGCCUACAAUCCGAUAGUGGUACGAGGAAGGGAAUCCGAGUUGGUUAAAGAGAUCAAACGAGGAGGUGUAUUCUAUUCGACAUACGAUACGGAAUUUCUGCCGCAAGCGGUGAGCACAUGGGACAAACGGCAAGAGCUUACCGUCAUCCGCGAUACAACAGGAAUCGUGAGCUAUGUGGCGUUCGGCUUCAGCAUCAACAAUCCGAAAUUGUGCAAGAUGUUCAACAAGGCGCUCAUCAAAAUUCUGCCCGGUGUCUCAACGAUCACACUUGGUCCCGGCUAUGGGACUCGCAAGCAGUCGGAAGACAUCACCGUACAGGUGAAAAAAACUCGGCUCAGCUUGAAGAAGCAUCUUGAGCAAAUAUUUUAUAUAUUCCUCAUUGGAAUGGGAAUAUCGAUUGUUCUUUUUAUGCUGGAAAAACUCAUUUUUCGAUUUAAUGUUAUUCGAAAGCAGGCGAUAUAUCAAGUGAAUCGACGACAAUCAGAAGAAGAAAUUGAAUGCACUUUCACACCGCUUCCUUAUACAUGA